GCAGCAGCGGGGGAUGGUGUGCGGGAAGGGGGGGCUGCACCGCCGCCAGCCCCCCCCUUGCCCCGCACCAUGGAGCUGGAGAACAUCGUGGCCAACACCGUCCUGCUGAAGGCCCGCGAAGGAGGUGGCGGCAAGAGGAAAGGCAGGAGCAAGAAGUGGAGGGAGAUCCUGCGGUUCCCCCACAUCAGCCAAUGCCAGGAGCUGCGGAAGGGCUUGGAGCAGGAUUACGGCAGCCUGUGCCAGAGGCAGCCCCUCGGCCGCCUGCUCUUCCGGCAGUUCUGCCAAACGCGCCCGGAGCUCCUGCGCUGCAUCCGCUUCCUGGACGCCGUGGUGAGGGAUCCCCGGGCUGAGACGGGGGGGGACUACGAGCUCUCCCCGGAUGAGAAGAGGAAGGAGAUGGGGGAGGAGAUCAUCCGGCAGUUCCUCCAGCAGGAGUCCCCAGAUUUCCUGCCUGAGCUUGGCCAGCCCCACGCCAGCCGCUUCCUGCAGGACCUGCAGCAGGGCCCCUGCAAGGAUCUCUUCAGCAGCUGCUUGCAGCCCCUCCAUGAGUACCUGAGUGGGGAGCCCUUUGCUGACUACCGGGACAGCAUGUAUUUCGAUCGGUUCCUGCAGUGGAAGUACUUGGAGAGGCAGUCUGUCACCAAGGACACGUUUCGGCAGUACCGGAUCCUGGGCAAGGGUGGUUUUGGAGAGGUGUGUGCCUGCCAGGUGAGAGCCACGGGGAAGAUGUACGCCUGUAAGAAGCUGGAGAAGAAGCGGAUCAAGAAGCGGAAAGGGGAGGCCAUGGCCCUGAAUGAGAAGCAGAUCCUGGAGAAGGUCAACAGCCGCUUCGUGGUGAGCCUGGCCUAUGCCUACGAGACGAAGGAUGCGCUCUGCCUGGUGCUGACCAUGAUGAACGGGGGGGACCUCAAGUUCCACAUCUACAACAUGGGCAACCCCGGCUUCGAGGACGAGCGCGUGGUCUUCUACGCGGCCGAGAUCUGCUGUGGGCUCCAGCACCUCCACCAGGAGGGCAUCGUCUACAGGGACCUGAAGCCGGAGAACAUCCUGCUGGAUGAUGAUGGCCACAUCAGGAUCUCUGACCUGGGCUUGGCCAUCAAGAUCCCCGAGGGUGAGACCAUCCGUGGCCGUGUGGGCACCGUCGGCUACAUGGCCCCGGAGGUGAUCAACAACGAGCGGUACAGCUUCAGCCCUGACUGGUGGGGUCUGGGCUGCCUGGUGUACGAGAUGAUCGAGGGGCAGUCGCCCUUCCGUGCCCGCAAGGAACGGGUGAAGAGGGAGGAGGUGGAGAAGAGGGUGCAGGAGGAGCAGGAGCCCUACUCGGACAAGUUCAGUGAGGAUGCUCGGGCCAUCUGCCAGAUGCUCCUGGCCAAGGACCCCAAGCAGCGUUUGGGCUGUGGGGCCGAGGGGGCAGCUGAGGUGAAGAGCCACCCUUUCUUCAGAACCAUCAACUUCAAACGCCUGGAGGCUGGCAUCAUGACCCCCUCCUUCGUGCCAGACCUCUGCCUCCCACAGCCCCGGGCAGUUUAUUGCAAGGAUGUUCUGGACAUUGAGCAGUUCUCCACGGUGAAAGGGGUCAACCUGGACCAGACAGACAACGAUUUCUACGCCAAGUUCGCCACCGGCAGCGUCUCCAUCCCUUGGCAGAACGAGAUGAUUGAGACCGAGUGCUUCAAGGACCUCAACGUGUUUGGACCCAGCGGAACCCGCUCCCCAGACCUGGACUGGCAGCAGCUGCCCGAGCCCCCAAAGCGCAGCCUUCUGCAGAGGCUCUUCCGACGCCAGCCAACUGACUGCACCCCUGGCACCACCAUCCACCCCCUGCACCCGACCACCGUCAACUCCCACCCACCCACAGCCAACUCUGCCCCGGAUCCCUCCUGACCCCUUCUACCCUCCCAGGAGGGGGGGUCGGGCAGCCCCCAGCCCCCCCUGUGCCCUCUCAGGGUUAUCCCAGACUGGGGCCAGGGUCUCUGGGGAUGCUGGUGCAGAUGGAUGUGGAUGAUGAGCCUGGCAGCUCCCUGGUCCCCUUUCCCCCAGCCCCACCGAGUGUUCAGCCUGUUCUUGGGGGGGGGGAGAGGGGGUCCUGCUGUGGGACCAACCCCCUUACACCCCCCUGGCUGCUGCCAGGGGAAGGGGCCAGGGCAGGGACCUGUUUUUGCUGUGUUUGCACCCAUUAUCUUAUCACUGCUCGGUGUCUGACCUCUGCAGGCACGGGGGGGGCUGUGGCUUUAUCUCUGCUCUCCAAAUAGAAACAAAAGCAGCCUUGGAGUGGGGGUGUCCCGACCCCCCUGAUCCCACUGCGGGGUCCUCACGGGGGGAGGGAUGAGGCCACCCCAACAGAGCCCCCCACCGAGGGGGUACACAGCCUCUCCCCUCUUGCUCCAGCCAGCACGAGGUGAUUUGGGCUCAGAAAAGGGAAUUUUUUCCAA